ACCAAUGAGGGCGCGCCUCACUGUGCCCGGUGACCUUCCUCUGAGGCGAUUUCGCUGGCUCCUUGCGGCUGGUGGCUGCUGAGGCGAUCCCCCUCAGCUGACAAUCGCACGGCCAAUUAAGACGCAAUUAAGAGACAAUUAAGACGGCACCAGCGAGCAUCUGACGGCGGCGAUGUCCCUGCUGCAGGUGCCCUCGGCCGAGGAGCUGCGGGCGCCCGCUGUGAACGUCUCCUCGGCCGUUCUGAAGGCCGCGUCUCACCACCUCGGCUCGCACUGCGACCUCCACAACAAGGAGUUCAUGCUAUGUCGCUGGGAGGAGAAAGACCCCCGGAAGUGUCUGGCCGAGGGGCGCAAGGUCACCAACUGCACGCUGGACUUCUUCAGGAAGAUCAAGUCUCAGUGCGCGGAGCCGUUUGACGCGUACUGGGGAUGCCUGGACGAGCGCGGGAAUCAGGAGUUCCGUCACUGCCGCGUGCCGCAGCGCGCCUUCGACUCGUGCGUGCUCGACAAGCUCGGCUGGGUUCGCCCUGACCUGGGGGAGCUCUCCAAGGUGACGAAGGUGAAGACGGAGCGACCGCUCCCUGACAACGUGCUGCAGUCUCGCACGCGCCCCCCCAAGAACGUCAAGGCCAGCGAGGCGGACCCCCUGGAGCCGCCCCGACGGACGGACACGCAGUUCUUCUUGUAGCGCCACCAAUCGCCAUGCACUCUGCCAUACUUCACUUUACACGCACACCAACACACAUCACUCGACACUACACACCCUGUGCGACACAUAGCUCCCUACACUAUACGUACUAAACUACACACGCACAGUGCAACACACGGCACUCUGUGCUACACACACACACAGCUUCCAUCAUCCCCUCCGAUACGGCUUUCCCACUGGCCCCCAGUGUGCACCACUCGGCUGUUGUCUGGGUGGUUUUUCCACCGACUGUUUGCCGACACCGAACCGGAAACAAAUCGCGCCGGUGCAGACGCUGCCGCCACCGCCGCCGUCUUGGGUGGGGGGUGUGGGGCCAAGCAGGGCCAGGUGGACGGGCGGGGCUAAUGACGCGGCGGUGCCGCCGCCAGCUCGGUACGCCAACUGGUUCGUCCUGUGUGCGUCGUCCUCGGCAGCAGCAGCAGCAGCAGCACGGCUCGGUUGCCGCGGUGCAUAAACAAACCCGGCCGGCUCGGUUCUGCCAACGCCACCACCCACCACCCACCGCCGCCCCUACCUUCUUCCUCCAUCGUUAGAGAAUCCGGCGCUCGAAUCGCAAUGGUGGCUGGCAGGCGGCGUGGACCUCGCUCGCUGCCGCCAAAAAUGGAAGAACGGCGCCAUGGUUUAUUUUUUUUUUCCGGGUGCGAGGGUGGCGGUGGUGGCGGUGCGAGGGUGCUGGUGGUGCGAUGGAUGAAUAGGGCCUCGCGGUCCCAGUGUCCGUGCGUGUGGUACGCGUACACGCGUGCAAUGUUGCCGCACGCCCCAUGAGUUUCAUUAAAGACGAGGAGUCGAUCCUCCUGGACGCGA